AUCUACAAUCGCGAAUGCGCGACUUGGACUAGACCAGACUAGACGGCUACAUGCAGCUAUAUGGCGGCGUGCUGAAAAACCGGUUGUUUUGUUGACAUUUUGUACAUUGGCCGGCGGUCCGCACGAAAUAUCGACAGGAUGAUCAAGAUAUCGGCACUCAACGAGGAAUCGAGCGAGGAGAGCGAAGAGGAGGAUGUACCUACGAUCACGAAGGAGGCGCAGGAGCAAAUUGCGCUGACUGAAUACAAUAAAGCCCUGGAGCUGUUGAAAGAGAAUAAACAGGAGGAGGCGCUGGCUAUCUUCAAGGAUCUCCUAGAGACCGAGCUGUUGGACGAAGUGGAGAAACCCGAAGUGCCAGAUGGCAGGUCCAGGCCAAUGUUGUCUUUGAAGUAUUCUUGCUUCAAAAACAUCGGCGCCAUUCAGACGGCUUGCGAGAAUUACAAGGACGCUGUGGAGAAUUAUUGUGAGGCCGCGAACCUGGACGAUUCAGACGUGACGCUGUGGUACAGAAUCGGCACAUUAGCUAUGAAGACUUCCAAUCUGGAGCUUGCUUGCUCGUCAUUCAAACAGGGCCUGAGAUGUAAUUUUAAUCAUUGGCCAUGCUUGGACAACCUAAUUACUGCCUUAUACGCCGUUCCUGAUUAUAUGAACUGUCUGUUAUAUAUUUCCAUAGCGUUGGAAAGGGAUCCUAAUUAUGUAAAGGGUCUGGCUUUCCGUGAUAGGAUAUUCAAAGAUAUUCCAUGUAUGGAAGAAUGUUACAAAUUGUACAAUAGCGAUUGGCAAUUAGAUCCACCUUUGGAUACCGAGUUUGAUCACGUAUUGGGUGACAAAUUAUUAGCGGAGGCGAAGGAAGUUUCGAGGAAAUGGGCGGAGGUUUGUAAAGCAGAAUUUACGCCGAAACCGUUGCCAGAAUUGACUUUAAGAGUGCCCUUAACGAGCUGCACAUGGUUGGCUCUCGGAGAAAGUCUAGUAGACAUGCACAGAUAUAUUACUGAAAAUAAUUUGAACUUUGUUAGUAAAAUUGUGUUAUCGAUUCAGAAACCUGACGAUAAGAGUACAGCGGGUAAUGAAGGGGAAUCUGUAAAAAGUAAUGUAAAUAUAAUGGAAGUGGAUCAGCAAACUGACUCGAUUACGAAUGGAGAGAGUGAUAUCAACAAAUCUAUUAAGGUCGAAACGAUAGAUUGCGAGAUGUUGGACGAUAAUCAAGUUUUUAAUGCAGACACGACAAUGGAAAUUGAAAUUGAAGAUGAUAAAAAGUCUUGCUCAAGCGACGUGCAAAUAGUCGAGGAGGAUGAUCCAUUGAGAAUGUCUGAUAUAGAUGGUUUGCAAUGUGAGGAACAAACUGAAACGAAAAACAUGGAAUCGGAGGAACAAAUGCACUCCGAAACAGAUGCGAAUAUUGACAAAUUGGAGAGUGACAAAGUCGCAGAUGAUAUUUUCAGUAUGGAUAAUGGAGUACCCAAUGAAAAAUCGAGCGACAAGGAAAGUGAUAAAUCUAGUGAUAAGGCUUCUGAGAAAGGCGCUGAAAAAGCAAGCGACGCUAUGUGUAAAGCAGACGCUAAAACCAAUUCCGAGAAAGCUGAUGGAAAGGAGGAGGGACAGAAGGUGAAGAAAAGACGCAGGAGUGCAUUGUGCUUUUUGCAACAAUGGGCCUGGAGCUGCAGCAGCAUGAGACGAUCCGCGAGAGUGAGAGGCUCGAACAGAAGAGAAGCGGAGAGAGACGACGUCCAGUUAGAAGAAACACUUAGAAGAUUGUUCCCUAACACUUUGUUACCCGACACGGUAAAAUUGACGAAAGACGACUCAAACAAAAAUCUUGACGAUUCUAUGGACACUAUGGAUAUGUAUCAAUUAUUUGCGAAUCAGGAGAGAAAUAAGAACAUGGAAACGCUCAAAAGUUCGGAAAGUUCCAAAUCGCCAAGUCCUGACACAAGUCAACCACGGAAAUACUUUGGAUCAGAAGUGGAAACUACCGACGUGGACGCCUUUAUAAAUCAGCACAGCAGUAAAAGCAAUUUAAUGAUAAUUAUCGCGAAAUUUGCCGAAUUUUUAUGUACUAAAUGGAAUCAAGAAUGGCCGAAAGGAAUGCCGGAUAUCUAUUUACAAGCAUACAGCUUUAUGAGACAACAUAUUCCACAUUUAUCGCCAUUUGAUGAAGACAUUAAUGACAAAGUUCUCAAACUGGAUACCGAAACGACAUUAUUGUUUGGUGAGCUUCAUACAGACAGAUGGUUAAAUAAUAAACCGGAUACCUUGCCGAGUCCAACAUUAGAUAAACUUGGUACUGGAAUGCCAGCGGAAGAAUUGGGACACAUAAUAUUUGCAAGUGUUAGACAGGAUCUUUUAAGUGAAGAAAAUUUAUACACAUUAUUGAGAAUUCUAUGGCUUAAAAGUAAUAUUUUUCUGUGCCAAGGUGAUAUCGAUGUAGUCAUAGAAACAUUAGAACUGUUGCUAAACCGUUUGCAUGAAAUGGAAAGCAAGAAUCUAAAUCCAUGUAUCAUGCUUUUAAAUUGUAAGAAUAAUUCUCAAAUCAGUACAAAACUUGUUAAGAAGAAGCUUACAUCAAUCCAGAGAGGUCAAAAAUUAGGCGAAAUUCAACAUCUAUAUGAGGAAAAAAAAUAUGCAGAAUUGUCUUGCAUAUUGCAGGAUACUUUUAAAUUUGCCAAACAGAGACACAAAUUGUUGGGAACUAAUGAAAAUAUCGUCGACAGAGUUCGACAAUUGAACAUGUUACUUGACAGCUUGUGGCAACUUAAACAAUACGAGGAAUGUUACGUCUGGGCGGAAGCUUGUCUGAAUGAAUCGUGGCAAAAUUACUUGAACUCGUCUGACGAAACUGAACAGAAAAAGUGGACGAGUUCUGUUGUAACGGCACUUGAGAAGUUGGAAUCUUGUACGACUGAAGCCAGUGUAUUCACUGUAAAAUAUUUAUCAGAGACUCGUCUAUCAAGAUUGGUGCAAAAUUUAGUUCACAUUGUUUGUCAUCAAUUGGAUGUACCAGAAAAUGCUGUAGAGAUGCCAUUAGAAACUGUUCUACCUUGGAUUUUGUUACAUUACAUUUUGCAAUACCAAGAAGAUAAGGAGAGAGCAAAGGUUGAGUCCCAUUACAAAAAUAAAUCUCACAGUUCUCAUAAUUCCGAAUCGGAUGACGGUAUAGAUGAGGACGAUGGUAUUCCACCAUCUAUUAUGAUUUUAUUCACCGCUCACGAGUUUAUCGGUAGACAUUCGUGGUGUUGUUUCAACGAAGCAAAACUUCUGUUUUUUAUUAUGAAUCUUAUUAUACCGCAACUCGACACUCCUCUGUACGUUUCUAUCAAAAACAGGCUCACAAAAUAUUUGGAGCAGAUAUUCUUUUGCCUGUACGGUCAUCCGAAUAGGGUAAAUAAAACGCGACCAAAGCAUCUUCAGGAUCACGGAGUACCACAGAUGGACUUAACUUGGGAGGGGGCUCAGCUGCUGUUUGAUUUUUAUAAACCAAAAGAGCUGCCGAAUUUUCAAUCCCCCAAAAUUCUUUCUAUUAGCAUGGACACGGAGAUACUGUUCAAAAAAAUAAUCAAAUUAGUUCCGAAGGAAAGCGAUCCAAAUGAAAUAGUGGACGAAAUGACGGCGUACAUAAUCGGUGCGAGAGAUAAGAUGCCGAGCGUAAUAAAACCUUUGCCGCACUCGAUAUCCACUAUUUACUACUUGUUGGGUGAUUUUUAUUUCAAGAACAAUAAAUGGGAACACGCGUGCCGAUAUUAUUUAUUAGAUUUAUGCUUGUAUCCAAAAGGAUUAAAUUCGUGGGCGGGUUUAGCUAUGGCGACAGGCAGCAUAAUAGAAAACUGGUUAAACAGUUACAGACCUAUAGGAAAGGAUAAGUUUCUCAAUAAGGCAAAGAUAGCACAGUCGAGUUAUCAACAUGCCAUCGAGCUGUCACCUGGUCAUUCCGUAAUUUGGACAGAGUACGGGAAUUUUGUUUACAUGGUUCAUUCGUUUUGUUCGCGAUUGCUCAAACAAGAAACGGAUACAUUGAGUAUGGAGAGAUUUGAAAUUUUAGAAACUAGAAAGGAAGAAAUGUUAGAGAUUGCGGAUCAGUGUUUUGAAUCUGCUAAUCGGAUAUGCCUGAUUAUUGAAGAACCAUCCAUACAGCAUGAUGAAAGAUGGCUUUAUCAAUAUAUGCUUGGUAAAGUCGCAGAAAAGAAAAAUCAAGAUCCUCCUAUAUUCUUGGAACAUUACGCAAAGGCUAGUGAAUUAUUAUAUGAGAAUAACGCUCAAUAUCCACGUAGAAUAAGCCACAAAAGCCCGCAAAAUCUAUCUAUAGAGGCCUUAGAAGUUCAUUAUCGCAUCCAUGCCAGUAUACUGAAAUAUUUAGAACAGCAUGAGGGAAAGCCAUUGAAGAAAUCAUUGGGCCAGUUAUUCCAUUGGCAUCUUAAAAACUGUUCCGAGGGGCCCUUCAUGAAGUAUCAGUCUAAACUUAAUGAGAAGAAAAAAGACGAAAACGUGGAUGAGAAAAAUAUGAAAGAACUGGACAGUACAGUAAAUACGGAUAAAAAUAUAGCAGUAUACCAACGCUCAAAUAGUAUUGAAGAAAUAGAAAUCGUAGAUAAGUCAAACAAAAUUUCUGAUAUUAAGUCUACAGAAUCGGGAAAGUCUGAAAGUCGUAAGAGAUUUCCCGACGAACUAUCCCAUGAUAAUACAAAAAGAAUGAAAUUAAGUAGUGUUUCGCAUUUACAAUUAAUGCAAGACGUUGUAGCCUUAAUAGAUGAUUUAAUUACUAAAGUUUGUGAUACGGUGUCACAAAAGGACAAAACGAGUGGCGAUGACAUAAUGAUUAUAUCUAGCGAUGAAAGCAAUGAGUCGAAAUUGCAAAAAAAGAAGCUGGAGAACAAAAGUAUGGAUAAAACAAGAUCUCUGGCAAAAAUCGAAGAGAAUAAAAAAAGUUCGGCGAACAUGUUAGCGGUCGAUUCUGAACGAAAGACCGAAGAUGUACAGGAUUUAAUGGACGCUCUCAUGAAACAGGCAAUGGAAAUUAGUCAGGAGACUCAGCAAUCUUCGGCGGAUGACGAGGAUACCAGAAGAUUUGAUGGUAAAUGGUUGCAAAAUGAGGACUUGCAAUCUACUGAGAAAGAAAAUAAAGAUAAAAUAGAAGAGAGAAGGAAAACGCAAGCCAAUGCGAAUGAAGAAAUAACUUUGAGUAGGAGAGGUUCUCAAGAAAGCACCACGACUACGCAAACCACAACUACAACUACAGAGACUAAUAAUUCAAGCUCUAGUAGUAGCGAGGAAUCUAGCAGUAGUGACGAUAGUUCUGACAGUGAUAGUUCUAGCGAUAGCGAUAGUGAAUCGGUCGAUAGUGACACGGACAAGAAGAAAAAAGAUUCUGAUAAUGUGGAAGAUGAGGAACAGAUGCCAGAGGAAGAAGUAGCGACAUUGAUUGCGUAUUGCUUAGCUGGUUUGGAACAGUGUAUACUGAGGUUCGCAGAACAUCACAAGUCGUUUUAUAGACUUUCGCACUUUUUCUUUAAUAACAAAAAGGCGAAGGAUACCGUGAAAUGUAAGGAUCUUUUAUUAGGAACAUAUACUUGUCAGUUUUAUCCCGGACAAACUUUUCAAGGGCUUUUUGCGGAAAGAAGGAGUACCAAUUUUUUUAACGGGGUAUGGCACAUUCCAGUUAAUGAAAUUGACAGACCAGGAAGUUUUGCUUCGCAUAUGUCGAAAUGCGUGACGUUACUCAUGCAGGUGUUAAAAGAAAGCAACGAUAGCCGAAUGUUAAUGCAACUGUGCAUACAGCUCGGAAAGAUACCAGAUUCAGACAAGAAAUACUUACGUGAUUCUGAGAGAGAACAAUUAUCCCGACAAGCUCUGACACUUUGUCAACAGUCGCUUAGGAAUAGAGUUCAGGCAAUGGGCUCGGCAAGCACAAUUGAUAGUGUUCACCUCAUUAGAACGGACGCUAGAACACAAGUAUUACUUGACGUAUACGAAAUUUAUCAGCUUGUCCAGAAACAUUUGCAGGGCAAGGAAUCGACUAUACAAGCAUUUGCGACACUAUUGACAGAUACGUACAAGAUGUAUAUAGGAAACAAAAAUUUGGAAGGAAACGUCUUAGACAUCGCUAUUAAGUGUUGCCAACGUCAAAUACAAGCAAACAAACUCGCAUCCAUUAACAACAGUAAUAGCUCUCAUGUGCCACCUCAAAUCACUUCGACUAUCUCGACUCCCAUGCCACAAGUGCCAAUAAACUCGACGACCCUGCAAACGUUGCAGAAUCGCAAACCGCAUAGAAAUCUGGCAACUACCGGACGUCCGAGAGGACGUCCACCUAAUGUUAACAAAUACUUGCAAAAUGCGGUGCAACAAAGUGGCAACGUGAUGGGCCAGUUUACUUCCAAGAGUAACUUUACGAAUUACAUGAGUGCGUCCGGACCGAAUCGUUCUAUGAUAAAUCCAUAUUUUAUAAAUCCAUUAGUUGAUGCAAACAUGUUAUCGGCUAUUCUAGCCAGUGGGCUAAGUGGCAAUAUGAUGGAUCCUCUAACAGCUAUGACUUACUUGAAUCAAGUAGGAAGUUAUCAAGACAUACUUAGACAGUAUCAGAAUAACCUGUCGUCAUUGACUAAUCUUGCUAGUGGUUUAAACAAGGUUACUCCUGGUACCACUAUAAGCAGCAUCAGUAACGUUUCGACAAUGAGUACAUCCAGCUCUAAUAUCAAUACUUCGAGUAAUAUCACUAAUUUAAAUAAUCUAAAAAGUCCUCUAGACCCUAUGACAGCGUCCGUGCAACAAUUAUUAAGCUUGAGCAAUUCUACAGCAUCAACUUCGCGACCGACACCCAUGUACCAUCAGGCGAUGGCCAAGACGAGCACAACGAGCACUAUGUCAAUAACCAAAGAUCGACCUAACAUAUCUAUAACGCCAGUUACUACCCCGAUAAAUCAACAACCUCUUCAAAAAACAAAGCAACCCGUCAAGCAGCCGAGCUCGCAGACUGAGCCGGUAUUACCCGUCCAUAUUCCUAAAUCACUUCAAAUAUCACCAACGAAACCGGUUUUACACUCGUCCACCGCGACGGCGCAAGUAUCUUUGCUCAAACCAUCCAUUAUUCAGCAAGUGAAAAAUAGCCCGCCGAAACAGAUGGGCGCACCACAAAUACGGGUUUCGAAAUCGUUGACCGAACCGCAGCCCGCGCACAACCCAUCAUUGUCUCAUUCUCCUUUGAAGAACAGUGGAAGUACCGUAACGACGAAUCCGGCCGCGACUAUAUCACAUAUCGCCCAUACAUCCAUGAACGCACCUAGUAUUAUGAAACAGCAGCCGACGUUGCCCAUGAACUUACCGAACGUGUCACGUUCCGGUACAUCGUUGCAGCACAAAUUAUUGUCGAAGAAGAACUCUCAACGAUCUUACACGACGCAAACAAAUGUGCAGAAUCAGCCCGUGAGGAAAGCGAAGUCGACGGUUAAAACGGCGGCGAUGACAGUGCCGAUGUCUGGCAAUUUUCCAAACUUACUAAAUGCAAUGCCAUCGGCAGGUUCCGCCACGAUGUCGCAAUCACCUUUUAUACCUCCGGAAUUGAGUGGCAUCUCGGUAAGUCCUGUCAGUUCGCAGCCCGGUGGUGGUAUCAAAUCCGCAGCCGCAGGCGCAGCCGCUAAAUAUCACAGUUACAAGAAAUCUGUCAGCAAGCCAAAACAGCCUGCAACAUCAGCGAUGGAGGUGCCAAGUGCGUUACCGGCUUCGUUCUCUUCAGGCAGUUCGGUCGAAGCACUCUCAAUGCUGUCGCAAUUACAACAGCACUCUCAUCUGGAAAUAAUACCCCAACAGAAGGCGCCGUUGAAGCCUAACUUGGACUUUGCGAAAACUCUCGCAUCUUCCAUGAACCUAGGUCCACCGAAAAUCCCAGAGACUAUGAGGCCGUCUACGACCGCCGACUGUAUGCCCAUGUACGAUAUAACCAGAGGAAAAACUACUAAUGUUUCGAGCAAAAAGACACAAGAUAAGCCUCUAGCUGAUAAUGUCGAAAUUAUAACAUUGGAUGAUUAAGUCAUUCAAACCGUGCACGGACGUGCACUUAUUGUGCAAUUGUUGUUUUGUAAUGUUUUUUUUUUCUUUUCUUUCAAGGAAAACAUGCAAAGUCUGUUUCAUGAUCUACUUCUAUCGUUCAAUUAUUCCUUGCAUUGGAUAAAUUAUGUUAUUUGUCUAAUAACAAUAGUAUUUCAGUAUAAAGUAACACUUUUACACAUAGGUGUUGCCACUUAUCAUGCCACAUUAGUUACAUCAUGUUGUAUAUCUAUUUCGUAUAAACUCGGUUUCGGAUUAUUUAAUUAAAUUGCAAAAAGUAAUUGCGUGUAAAAUUAUCUACUGAAUUUCAAUGCAAUGAAUUAAUUUAUGUAAUAUAUUAAACUUGUUUUUUUUUUAUAUUAAUCCUUAGCUGACACACUAAAUGUCGUCUCCCCCGGACUGUUUACAAUACUGUCUGGCAUUCAUAAAUCGUUCGCUUCUUCUUUUCUGAAUAUAUUCAACUUCGAUUUUUGUAUUUAUGUAGUCUUUUCCUUGACCUUCUGAUGUGCCAAUUUUAAAAAAUUAUUCAAAUUCUAUGUAUUAUCUACCGAAAUAUACGUAAUUGAAACUGGUCGGAUGACGUAUACUCGUGUAUGGCAAAAUAUUGAAUCCAAUAUAGUGUGUCAGCUGAGGAUUAAUAAGAAAUCAUAAGAUUAUUUAUAACAAAAAUACCUUUAACUUUUGUAUACAUGAGUGUCAUAUUUCUUUACUAUGAAUUUUUUAGUUGCAAAGAUAAUUUUUUUACUAAUUGUUAAUGCUUUAAUUAGUCGUAUUUAAUUUAUCUACCAAAUUAUAUUUACCAAUUUUUUUAAAUUGGAAGAUAUAAAGAUUCUAAAAAAUUUAAAUUUACAUAUUGAAGUUGAUUAUCCUUUUUUUAUAAUUAUUUUUUAAUUUUUAGAGAGGUGUAGAGAAAGAGAAUGAAACAUUUUCUAAUAUUAUUAAACUUAUCAAAUUUAGAUAAUUAACCUACAAAAAAUUUUACAUUAAUUAUGAAGUUUCAAUUAUAUACGUACCUUUCAUUAAUCAUAAGUCACAAAUAAUUAGUAAUUAAUUUAUUAUGUUCACUAGCACAAAUGAAAUAACGCAUUACUUCUUCACUAAUUCUACUAAGGCAUUUCUAAAAAAAUUAUUUUUGUACAAUACGUACUUGAUAAUGACACUUUUUUCUACCUGAACAAUGGUCUACUGUAAUUAGCUUCAGUAAACUUGAGCGUUUUCUAAAAACAAUUUGUGUGUAACUUACCUCUGAUAUUAAAAGGAUAUUUGAAACACUA